AUGGGUUUGAUAACUGUUGUAAACUUGGUGCUGUGGUUGUUGACAGCAGUGCACUGUGUGCGAGUCAAAUCAGUAGCACAGCGGCUGCAUGCUGGUUUAGAAAAAGAUAGCAUCGUACGUCGUUAUGAGAACUACAAGGAAAAUUUGCUGUUGACUGGAAAGCUGUGGGUUGUAAUGGGUGGUGGCUGGUUCAUCGAGUUCAUUUCCGUUUUUGUGACGCAACCCGAUGGCAGUACACCGUUUAUAAUGACAAUAAUGGACAUAUUGAACUACCUCCAGGGAUUGUGGAUUUUCAUCAUUUUGGUUUUUAAACCAAAAAGGAUCUACAAUUACAUCAGACGAAAACUUGGGCUAAAAAUAUCAAACGAAACAUGUAAUGGUACGUCGUUAUCAUCGCAGGCACGCUCUACAAACAUUUCUAUGACGAGUGUACAAACAUUAAUAUCAAAUGCUGCGGUUCCAGCAACUUCGCUGAGUACAGAGAAGAAAGAAGAAUGA